AAUCUCACUAGUUUUCAAUAGUAUUUACAAUAAUGAAGAACAUUAAGGUAUGGAUCAAAUUAGCACUAUUACUUUUAAUACAGUGUGAGUUGAUAGCAAUGGAACCAGUCUGGUAUGAGGCUAGUGAUAGUGUAAAAUAUUUAAUAGAGACUGAGGAAAAGUUUAAUUGGUAUCAAGCCUGGAAUGAAUGUGCUCGUUAUGAUGCCGAACUUAUAGCUAUAGAGAGUGAGGAGCAGAAUCGUGUUAUAAUAAAGUUAUUAAGGGGCCUUAAUGAUAAAACUAAAAACUUAUGGAUUGGUGGAAAUGUGAUUUACGAUAAAAUUUCUUUUCAUUGGGCUAACAAUGAACAAGAGUUCACCUUUUCCAAUUGGUCAUUUGAUGAAUUGGAUAAACUAGCAACUAGAAAGCAAUGUGUUUAUAUAAUGAAACAUCGAAAGAAUAUGCCCUGGAAUAUUGUUAAUUGUGAUGCUAAAGAAUUUGGUUUUAUAUGUAAAGAAAUUAUUACCAGUGGAGUAACUGAAUAUGCAGAAAACUUUAAAGAAAAAGUGGUUUUAAGUGGUCAAAUGUAUAAUGGCAGUAUUUAUGGUUUAAUUGGUUAAAUUAUGCAUAAUAACUGCAGAAAAUAAAUAUUUUUACAAAAAAACUACAUUUAGAUGAAAAACUUUAUAAAAUAAAAAGAAAUAAACAUUUUCACCCCCCUUUUGACCCUGGUCGUUUGACAUAAAAAACAGAAUACUUUUAAAUAAAUAAUACAUUUUGUCUAAAUAAAAAAAA